AUGGAGAAGCCUAUCUUUUUGGCGAAAGGCCAGAUUUCUUGGUUGUCCAACAAAGGCAUUGUGAAACUAAACUUGAUCUUGCUUAUCUCCCUUAUUUCAAGCUGUUCGUGCGGUUAUGAUACUUCGAUGAUGAAUGGUUUACAGUCAUUAGAUACGUGGAAAGCGUCUUUCAACAAUCCGGGGGCUAUCGAGCUUGGGCUUCUUAACGCUAUUCAAAACGUGGGCCAGUUGAUCUCCCUUCCAUUUUGUGCCGCGUACUGCGACUUAUACGGCCGUCGGAAUGCUCUCGUCACUAGUGCUGCUAUAGUUCUGCUCGGGGCUGCCCUCCAAGGCGGUGCGCAGAAUACCGCAAUGUUUAUUGGGGCAAGGGGUGUCCUAGGAUUCGGCUUAGCUUUGAACAUCACAGCUGCACCACUCCUGAUUAUGGAACUGGCAUACCCCCCUCACGCCGCACCUCUAGUCAGUAUAUACAAUAGCCUAUGGGGUCUGGGAUCGCUGAUGGCUGCUUGGAUCACGUAUGGUUCGUUUCGACUUAACAGUGACUGGGCAUGGCGAAUCCCCUCGCUUCUCCAAGGCAUGACCAGUGCCAUACAAAUUGGGCUUUGCUUCUUGAUUGAGGAGUCACCACGCUGGCUCAUGUCUGUUAAUCGAACUCAGGAGGCUCGCGACCUCAUAACCAAGUACCACGCCAACGGCGACCCCAGCGAUCCGAUAGUCGCAUUGGAACUCGAGGAGAUUCGCAUAGCCCUCCGUGUUGAAUCUGAGAAUAGGAGGUCAACCUCAUAUCUGUCUUUUUUCCAAACUCGUGGAAAUCGGCGGCGCUUUUUUAUCGUCCUAGCGGUCGGCUUUUUUAGCCAGUGGAGCGGAAACGGCAUCAUUUCAUACUAUCUCACGUUAAUCCUCGAUUCUAUCGGCUACAAGACUCAAGACAUUCAAACCUUGAUCAAUGCUAUGGUGACACUUUGGAGCUUAAUUGUAGGCGUCGGAUUUGCCUUGGUGGUAAAUCGGUUUAGACGUCGUACGCUCUUCCUCGUCUCUACUGCAGGAUGUUGGAUGUGUUAUGUGGUUUGGACGGGUCUGGAGGCAACAUACGAGAAGUCUGUGGACGCAGAUGGCAAUGGAGGAAAUCAAAACGCUGCACGAGGUGUUUUGGCCCUGGUACUAAUUUUCAACUUCUUCUAUAGUAUUGGUUGGGGAACACUUCAAGUAACGUAUCCUCUUGAAAUAAUGCCUUUCAACCUUCGGGCACGUGGCUUGGUCCUAUACAAUGUCUUUUGUGCAUUGGCACUAAUCUUCAACCAAUACGCCAACCCGGUCGGCAUCGAAGCUUUGGGUUGGAAGUUCUACAUCAUCUACGAUGUCUGGAUCUUUAUUGAGUUAAUUGUUGUUUACUUCCUCUUUGUGGAAACAACAGGAAAAAGGAACUUGGAAGAGGUUGCAGCUAUUUUGGAUGGGGAAAGUGUGGAACCUCCGUUGGAAAUAACUAAUGAAGGUAAAACUGGGAACGCGGUUAUAGCUGUAGCUGGUACUCACUAG